AUGGCGGACUUCGCAGCAGAAACAGCAUUGGCAGAGGCCGCGAGUGCCCCUUCGAUCACGGCGCACAAUGAAGCUUCAGGCCACGAUGGCGACAACAAGUUUCAGAAAGCAAUAUCGGCGUGGAGAAACAUUGAUCUUACCUCCAUGAUCCCAUCCCUAGACAACACAGCUUCCGAAAUCGUACAAUACCAGCGCGACUCGACUGUGCAGCGGAAAGAUUUGGCACAGAAGACGAAGGACUUCCGCAAACUCGAUGACUCUGCGAAGCUUGGAGAGAUCAAAGGGCUUCUGAAAGCCUACCAAACCUUCAUUGACCUCCUCACGAACCAUUCGAAAUCUACGAACUCAGCAUUCCUACAAGUUUACUCGUCACUAUCUGAAGCACCAGACCCAUACCCGUUGCUCGAAGCCUCGGUUGACUCCCUUCUGCUGUCUGAGGAUACGUUGCCGAAGGUCACACAGGAGAAUGAACAUCUCCAGAAGAGCGUCAGUAAGCUCACGUCCCAGCUUGAAGAGACGGAAUCUAGGUUGGAAUCCGAAAGGGCGGCCAGAAAGACCCUGGAAGAGGGCUUAGAGACCAAGGUCAAGGAAGUAGAGAGUUCUUGGGCUGCUGUCGUUGAGGAGAAGAAAGAUAAUUGGGAGGCUAAGGAGAAGCUUCUUGAAGAGAAAGUAGAGAGCCAGGAUCGCCUGUUGAACGAAAUCAAAGCGAGCUACGAAGUUACGCAGAGGCUCGGAGAAUCAGAGAGUGCUGGAAGCAGCGGCCAUGUCACAAGCGCAGAACUUGAGAUGGUCAAUUCUGAUCUAGAGAGAACAAGCGUGCGAUUGGCAGAAGUUGAGGCCCGGAACGAGCAAUUACGAAUCGAACUUGCUCAGUCAGCGUCUCAAGUGCCAAGCCAGGCAGUGGUGAACCUCGAGGACGACCCAUCUUUCAUGCGGAUGCGAUCAGAGAAUUCUUCCUUGAUGAGGAAGCUAGACGCAGCUCGUGUGGAGAGAGAUGCAAGAAAGCGCGAAUUAGACGGAAAACUGCGGUCCCUUGAACGAGAAAUAGGCAUGCUCAAGGGAGAACGUGAUGCUCUUAAAACGAAAGUGCAAAACUGGAGCGACUAUGAGGAUGUCAAACAAGAGCUUGAAGUACUGAAGAGUAUCGAGUUUUCGACAGGUGAUGACGAUGACGCAGAAUUAGGAGACGCUGCAAUGAGCACUCAGACAGCCCUCGAAAACGGUUCCUCCGCGAAAGGGAAGGGUGAUACCUUAGAACAGCUCUUAUUGGCUCGCAACAAGAAGCUGAGUGACGAGUUGACUAUUUUGAGAGUUUCUCAUCAAGACCUACAAAGCCGACUUCAGUCGAUGCAGGAAGAAUUAUCUAAAAGUAACUCGGAACUUGAACGAGCGCAGCAUCUCAAUGCGACUCUGGAGAACGAUCUGGCCAAUGUGCAUGACACAGCUAAUGCUUAUCCAUCUGGAGCGUCAGUGGCUGGCACCUUUGUCAGUCGCUACCCCCAAUCGUCAGCUCGGAAAGGACGAGUCUCUCCAACUUCUUCGAUUAUUUCGGGUUUCGACCCACGAUCGUCCAUGGGUGGAACUACUCUUGAAGCCUUGAGAUCUGGAGAACCAGUUGGGGGUGGUUCGGGUAUGCUUCCCAUGAUCAUAGCCCAGCGAGAUCGCUUCAAGAAACGAAACACUCAGCUUGAAAAUGAGCUAUCAGAAACGCAUCGAACGGUAUCGUCGUUACGCCAGGAGAUUGCAUCUUUACAAAAGGACAAUCUAAAUUUGUACGAAAAAACGAGGUACGUCUCGACAUACAACAGGGCAGGACCGACAUCGUCCUCUGCAUCCGCAUAUGCAACAAAUCCAAAUCCAUCUACAAUUCAGAUGUCCAACUCGACUUCUUCCGGCCUUGCAUUGGAUCGAUAUCGAUCAGCGUACGAGUCGAAUAUAUCGCCAUUUGCUGCAUUUAGAGGGCGAGAAUCGGCUCGAGCAUACAAACGCAUGAGCCUUCCAGAAAGAAUAGUAUUUUCUAUCACGAGGAUGGUUUUGGCUACCAGGACGAGUCGAAAUCUAUUUGCGGGGUACUGCCUGGCAUUGCAUGUCCUGGUUUUCUUUUCAUUGUAUUGGUUGACUACAACUGACGUGGAGCAACAUGCGAGCAAUUUAGGCCAAACUGUGGCAGCCGCUGCUGCGGGGCAGGCUGCACAAGCGGGAGCAGAUUCAUCGUCACAUGGCGACUGGAAACAGGCAGGAUUCAGCGAGAAGGGAUCUUGA